ACCUGACCGAACAACUGUGGAUGUCACCGAGCCCUAGCAGCUCAUUGCGUGCUGCUGCUUGUGCUUCGCACGUUGCGCGUGGCCGGCAUGGCAGGUGGCUUGCUGCGGUGGCUCUGCGUGAGCCCGACGCGGCGACGGCGUCGCGUGGCGCGGCUGGUGCUGUGGGGCGGAGAGACGCGGGCAGCCGAGCCCGGGAGGGCGGCGGGGGAGGUCAUGCUGGAGCACGCCGGCCGCGUGGUGUGCCGCGCGGACGGUUUCCGCAUCGGCCGCCCCGCGCCGGUGCUCGCCAUCGAGGACCGGCUCGAGGCCGGGCGCACAUACCUCGUGCUCCCCGUGGACCGGCUCCCGUGCGGCGGCCGGGACUCCGCGGUCACCGCGGCGUCGAUCGCGGCGCUCUCGUACGGCGGCGCGUCGUCGGGUCCCCCGUCGCUGGUAGUGGGCGCGAGGAGCCCGUUCGAGUACGUGAAGGACGACGACGGCCGGACGGUGAUCAGGGUCACGGAGGAGUUCAUCGUGAAGGCCGUCACUGGUGGGAAGCCGCGUGGUGGCGGUGGCGAGGGGGACGACGCGGACGGUUGCGGGGCGCUUUGCAGCACGCCGGAGCUGAGGAAGCACUACGAGCAGCUGGUGGGCGCGUCGAAGGGGCGAUCGUGGUCGCCGCGGCUGGACACGAUCAAGGAGCGGAAGGGGCGGAGGGUUAUGGACGUCGUGAGCCCGGGGAGGCUGUCGCCGGCGAGGCUGCUGGGGCUGGACAAGGGGUGAGCUAGACAGGCGGCGACGGCCUUGUAGAUGUCGAUGCAGAUUAAAAUUGCGAACAAAGCUAACGAACCUCUCAUUGAGCUUGAUCCAUGCUUCCAUGGUCAAUGCUGAUGCUGUUCCUUGGCUUAACAUGUUGAUUGGAAUCGGAUGCACAUACGGACAUAUAUGCGUCUUCUUUGGA